AUGCAACAAUCUGAAAUCUUCAACAUAAAAGAACUUGUUGAACCCAAAAGAUGGCUUCAAGAUAAGACAGGAGAAAAAUUACGAUGGUCCGAUGUGAUGGAGGUUAGUGUGUCAUACAGUAAACCUAACUGUUUUCUUUUCAAAUAUGAUUUUGAUCAGGAUUAUAUUGAAUUGGAUUACGAUGCAGGCAGAAGUAGACAGCGUCGGCACAAAGAGGUGUCCAAAACAAUUGAAAGUAUUGAAUUAAAGCCAGUAUACGAUAAGCCCCUCCCUAUUAAAAAAGCUUUGAAUAAUGAUCUCCUAUGCCUGUGUAACUCCCAAGCAAUUCCCCACCAUUAUCAACCAUUUUAUAGAAACUUAAGCUUUUGUGAUAUUGAAUCAGGUCACGAUGAGGUUUCUGAUUAA